CCACCGCAUUCCAUGGGCCUGCGCCUGUAUAAAUAAAAUGGUCGCAGUGGGGCAGCAAUCAAAGCAGCCGCUUCGUCGGAGCCUUCAACACCUCAGCACCUGGGUCUCUAGCCACUAGCGAUAUGGAUAACCGCAGUUUGCUGCUGAGGCUUUCAAUUGUGGUGGCGCUGGUGUUGCUGCUCGUCUGCGUACCGGAAACGGAUGCGGGGGGCCACCAGAAGAAAAAGAAAAUCGUGAUCCACGUGCCCAUUCACAAGAAAAUCGAAAAGCACAUACACACUGUGGUUAAACACGUGCACCACCACCACAAGCCGCUCGUCCUGAAGGAGGAGAAGAAGGUGAUCCACGAGGACCAUCGACCCAUCCAGAUCCACCAGACCAAGGAGCACAUUCACCACCACGAGAAGCACGAUCAUCACGAUCACCACGACCACCAUGAUCAUCACGAACACCACCACCCACUUCCGCCUCCGGUAGCGCCUCCAGUCCUUCCGGAACUCGAGGAGGAAGAGGAGCACAUCCACCACCACCACAACUACGAGCACAGAGGCGGACUGCGGGACGACUUCAUCGGCGGCGACGGGAGCAGCAGUGAGGAGCGCUGACUAUGCAGCGCCCAAGUGGGGGCGCAGACUUACCGGAGGUGGUUGACGUGGACCGAUCGAUCGAAUCAACCCGGCUCCUUGUGAUUCCCUAGAUACAUGGGCACCCUUUUUGUUUGUUUUUUUUUUGUAGCCUAAUCUUAGUUUAAGUGUAAAGGGAAAUAAAGUUAAUUCGGAGGAAGAAGUUAGUUUUAGGUAAAUGUGAAGGGCAUCUAAAGCCAAGGUUACUCAUAUUUGGUGUUUAGCUUUGCCAUUAUUCAAUAAGUUAGGCUCUACGAAAUGUUAUAAAAGGGGACUUGGUAGUUUUUCCCGUUAAAACAAACAUGUUUCAGAAUAUAACUUAAUAUUCAAAUAUUAUUAAUACGUUACAUUAAUAGUAUUAAUGUUUAUAUUACACUCAAUUAAACGCUCUUAAAAUUCAAGGUGAGGCCUCUUAAGAAGUUGGCGAUUUAAUGACUAUUUUAGUUAUUUACUUAAUAACGUUUAUGAAAUAAACAUAUUUUUAAAAUUGAAAUACUAGACCGCAGUGUUACCAUAUCUCACAGUGAUAUCGAAGUGCGAUAGAGCCCGAUAGGUUUGGACCAAUAAUCGAUGACAGGACAGGCUCUAAACAAAAGAAAAAAAAUUAAAAUUACGGCAGGAUUGCGAGCGAUAUUCGUUUUAUCCCUUCGCAGCAUCAUUGAGACCCCGGAAAAGACAGUACGGCGUAACGCCAGUCCGGAGUUGCAGUGUUUCCAGCGGAGCCGCAGCAUUGUCUCCUGUCCCACAG